GGUACUAUGUUCUCCAUGUGAGAGUUUGCAGUGUGUUGCUGUGGUUUGUACUGGCUGGAGAAAUAGUUCCAUAUAUUUAUGUUUUCAUUCUUCUGUCUUGAAACCGUUUGCAUUUUAAGAUGAAGAGGAAACACUUAACAUCAGCUGAGGACCUGGAAAAUGAGGUGGAAGUGUUAAACGAAGAAGAUGAAAGUACAAAGGAUCCCAAAGGCAUAAAGAAGAAAGCGGAGACGGUCAAUGAGGAUGGUGUCCUUCGACCACUUAAGCUUUCCAAAGGAGAGCUGUACAAAGCCCCUACAGUUGAGGAGCUCAACCAGCUGAAGGAGGCAGAGAGUCUGUUCCACUGUAGUCUGCUGAAAAUGCAGAUGGAGGAGCUGCUGAAGGAGGUGGCAUUGAGUGAGCGCAGGAAGAAGCUGGUGGACUCCUUUGUGCAGCAGAUUACAGAUGUCCUGCAGUCCGUACCAGAAACUCCAACAGUGGAGUUGACUGACCUGUCAUGGUUGGUGGAUUCAGGCAUUGAUGUCCCAUUCAUCCUGGUUCCUGAGGCAACUAAGGGCAAGUUCCACAUGGAGCCUCCUACUUCUGUUGACCUGAUUGGGAGUUAUCCACUGGGCACCUGCAUUAAACCAAAAGUUUCUGUUGACCUAGCUGUCACAAUUCCUCAUUCUAUCCUACAUCCAAUGGAUGGCAUAAAUCAGAGAUACUCUCGUAAGAGGGCUCUGUACCUGGCAGGUCUGGCAAAGCACCUCUCCUGCUCAUCAGCAGUGGGCACGCUGCACUAUUCAUGUCUCCAUGGCAACCGGCUCCGUCCACUCUUGCUUGUCACCCCUCCAGGUAAAGACAGCAACAUCACAUUGCGAAUCCAUGCCCUUCCCCCUCCGAAUUUCCUCAAACCCAGCCGCCUCCAUCCUCAAAAGAACAACAUCCGGACACAGUGGUUUACUGGCAAUGACUCUCAACAAGAAGUCAGCAGUGAGCCUCCCACUCCUCAUUUUAACAGCACAGUACUGGGGGAUCAUCUUCCCCGCUCACACCUGCAGUUCCUCACUGCACACAGCGCACAGUGCCCUGCUUUUGGCGAUGCUGUGGCUCUGCUCAAAGUGUGGCUGAGGCAGAGGGAGCUAGACCAGGGGACUGGGUGCUUUGGUGGAUUCCUAGCUGCCAUGCUAAUGGCUUAUCUUCUCUCCACACACAAAGUUGGCAAAACUAUGAACGCUUACCAGCUGUUGAGAAAGGCACUGCACUUCUUAGCUUCCACAGACCUGACUGAGAAUGGUAUUACCUUGGCUAAAAACCCAGAUUCAAAAGCGCCUUCACUGCCUGAAUUCCACAGUGCUUUCCAGGUGGUGUUUGUCGACCCCUCUGGGCACCUCAACAUGUGUGCAGACAUGACAUCCUGCACCUACAAACAGAUCCAGCAUGAGGCAUCGCUGUCUCUCCAGUUCUGGGAUGAUCCCACACUAGAUGGCUUCCAAGCUCUGCUCAUGACUCCUAAACCGAUGAUCAGAACAUAUGACAAUGUCUAUCAACUGAGUGACUUGGUGAAAAUGCAAGCCUCCUGUAAGAAGCUCAGUCUCCUCGGCAGUUUCAUGGACCAUAGUGGAAACUAUGUUCUGGCGGCGCUCCCUUUCAUCCUGUCUCUUCUGCAACGAGGACUUGGGGAUAGGAUUCGGCUUCUGACUCACUCACUUCCUCCAGACCCUGUGUGGCCAGUGAAUAAAGAGCCUCCUAAGCACAAGGACCAGCCGCCUCUGUCCAUUGGUCUUCUGCUGAAUCAUGAACGUGCCCUUUCUGUGCUGGAAAGAGGACCUCCAGCAGACAGCCCUGAGGCAGCUGAGUUCCAGCAGCUGUGGGGCAGCCGUUCUGAGCUGCGACGUUUUCAGGACGGAGCAAUCACUGAAGCGGUGCUGUGGUCCGGCACCUCCACCUGCCAGAAGAGACACAUCCUGCUGGAGAUCAUUGCACACCUUCUGGAACUUCAUGCUGAUAUACCCGAAUCAUGUGUCCGGUUUGUGGGAGGACAGGUGGAUGAUGUUAUCAAAUUUGGAAAAGAAGUAAGCAGUACUGGAGAGGAAGAGAGCCUAAAGGUGGUCCACUCUUUUGAUGACCUGAGCAGAAAGCUGUGGCAGCUGGAAGGUUUACCUCUCUCCAUCACUUCAGUGCAGGGUGCCCACCCAGCCCUCAGAUACACACAGGUGUUCCCACCUUUACCAGCAAAGCCGGCCCAUUUCUUUUUUAAGACGAAAGAAAAGAAUUUCCACGCUUUGCUUCCACCAGAGGGGAAGCCUUGUCCUUACUAUAUCACUCCUAUUAAAGUUAUUUGUCACAUGGAGGGCAGUGGAAAGUGGCCUAAUGACCGUUUGGCAAUCCGCCAUAUUAAAGCAGCCUUCCACAUCCGCCUCGGAGAGCUGCUCAAACAGCAGCAUGCCUACACGUACCGGCCCACGCCUACACAUCUGGAUGUAUGGAAGGAUGGACUGGCAUUUCGGAUACAGGUAGCAUACCACAGAGAGCCGCAGGUGCUGAGAGAAAGUGUGACCACAGAAGGUAUGCUGAUUCAGCGAGACAACUUGGAGGCACAGGCACUGGAACUCGAGACCCAGCACAUACCCUUCCUCACCAGCACCCUGCAUGGUCUCCAGCAGCAGCACCCGUGCUUCGGUGCAGUGUGUCGUCUGGCUAAACGCUGGCUGGGUGCACAGCUCUUCGGUGGACAUAUAGGAGAAGAUGCAGCUGACCUUUUAGUGGCUUUCCUUUUCCUUCAACCAGCUCCCUUCACACCUCCCAGUUCUCCUCAGGUUGGUCUGCUUCGCUUCCUCCACCUGCUCUCCUCUUUUGACUGGAGGAACAGUCCUCUAGUGGUCAACCUCAGUGGCAAACUCACAGCUGCUGACUACACCGAAAUUAAGAACCACUUUAUGGCAUCAAGGGAAUCACUUCCUGUUAUGUUUAUUGCCACCCCCAACGACAAGAAGGUCUCCAUUUGGACCAAGGAGGGACCCUCAGUACAGGUGCUUCAACGUAUUGUGACAGUUGCAGCAGAGAGUCUGCGUGUCCUGGAGGCCCAGCUCAUCAACCCCCACCAAAAACAAGAUGUUCGGGUGGUGUUCAGACCCCCUUUGGACGCCUAUGAUGUUCUCAUCCACCUCAGAUCCAAACAGGUACCCCUUUCAGCCAGAGCUGUGGACCCCACUUCUGCCACUGUCCCACGGGGCACCAUGGAUGGGGAAGUACGCAGCUCAGGAGGGCCAUUCCCUGUUGUGGACUUCGAUCCUGUUAGGCUGUAUCUGUCUGAGCUCAGGGAUACGUUUGGGGAUCUGGCCCUGUUUUUCUACGACCCAUAUGGAGGAACUGUAAUCGCAGUUCUGUGGAAGCCUAAAGCUUUUCAGCCACAGCCCUUCAAGACAUCUCUGAUGAAUGCUAGGAAAGUGAAGGUAGCCAAAGACGUGGCCACUACCGUUCCUAAUGUCGAGGCCAUCGUGCAGGAUUUCCAGAUCAUUGGGGAGGGCCUGGUCCACAAAGUGGAACUAAGGACUGAAAAAUGGGUCGUCUGAGCGCAACCUGUAUAUUCUGUGCCAAGGAUUAUAAUUUUUUUUUUAUUUGUUUUCAAAGUGUAUUUCAUUUUAUGUAUUUUUUUUUCCAAGCAAUUUCUUGAACAAAUGAGAAGUGCUUUAAAAAGUGUGGAAUGUU